AUGAAGAGAAGAAAUGCCGAGUGCGGCAAGCUCCGGAGGCCCUUGAAACGCAAUAAGAUCACCGAAGGAAUUUAUGGAAGCACACUGCUCUACCUAAAGUUUCUGUUACUAUGGGCCAUGGUGAUUUUCGCGGACUUCAUAUUAGAGUUUCGAUUUGAAUUUUUGUGGCCAUUCUGGCUGCUACUCAGAAGUGUUUACGAUUCUUUUAAAUACCAAGGCUUGGCGUUCUCCGUUUUUUUCAUUUGUAUUGCUCUAACAUCAGAUAUGAUUUGUUUUUUCUUCAUACCUGUCCACUGGCUAUUUUUCGCAGCCAGUACAUAUGUUUGGGUACAAUACGUGUGGCACACAGAUAAAGGAGUGUGCUUACCUACUGUGAUGUUGUGGCUAUUGUUUCUCUACAUAGAGGCUGCAGUGCGAUUGCGUGAUCUACGCCACAUGCCCUUUCAUCUUGAUCUUUGUAGGCCUUUUGCAGCACACUGCAUUGGUUAUCCUUUUUGCAGAAAACAAAAAGAUGUGGCGAAAGAAAAUGAAUUUUAUCUACAGCUAUUGCAACAAGCAUUACCUGCAGAACAACAAGCCGUAUCAACACAACUACAGUCACAGUUACAAUCACAAAUAGUAACGACAGAAACAAAUUCAAAAUCACAGCCGCACAGGCCACAUACACAGUAUAAUCCCAGUCCAGAAAAAAGUAGAGGGAAUGGUGGUGGUUCUACAGACACAAGUGUACAUAACGGCGGUAUAUCAAAUGACGGUCACACGUCGCCUCAAGCACAAAAUAUAUCUGCCAAAAAUAGUAAUAGAAAAUUACUUGACAAAAGCGAUAAGCUUGAUGAUCAUAAACAUAAUUCAAAUAAUUCUUCACAGUCAGAUAAAAAUGACAAAAGAUUUUCCCAUAGUAAUGGUACAACGGUAUCGUAUAAUAACGAUGUACAUUUUAUCGAACGGAUAAAUUCAGUUAAUGAUUUUGACGUAAAUGAAGCGGAAAAAGAUAAAACCGUUAAAGGUAGUAAUUCAUCUCACAAUAAUUCGAUGAAAACACAAUCAAACGGUUCAGCAACAGGCAAAUGGAAUAAUAAUAAUAAUAAUAAUAAUAAUAAUAAUAACAACAAUAACAACAAUAAUAAUGUUAAAGAGAAUCGUGACUCGACGACGACAACGACAGUCCAACACACUCAACGUGAACGUAAAGGUCGUCAAAGUAAAAAUAUUAUUCCAGACACAACAAUAAGUGACCAUCAAAAGCAACAAGACGAAUAUUGCCAGAGGGUAAUUAUUUGUCGUAAACUUGAGGCUGAUGUAAAACGUUUAAAGUCGGAUUUACAGUCGAGUCGACAAAUAGAACAAGAAUUACGUUCACAAGUAAAUACUCUGCUCACUGGUGAGCGGCAAGCCAAAGGUGACAUGCAACAGCUGCAGCAUGAUAAUGAUCAGCUGCAGAGUAAGCUCCAAGGGCUAGUUACCGCUCGUCAAUUAGACAAACAGACAAUGUCAUCGCUCGAAAGACGAAUCGCUGAAGAACGUCGACAACGUACAGCCUGCGAGGCGUCGCUGGUGUCUGAAAGACGAGCACGUCGGGUCGCUGAAGAGGCUAGGUCCGCAAUUCCACCGCCUCCUCCGCCGCUUGUACGGCAGGAGUGUACGGAUGCGUGUAAAACUCGACGAGCACAAAUGGAGCAGGAUCUCAAAAAUUUAAGACGGGAACUAAAAGCGAAAGAAGAAAGAUUCUUAUCGUUGGAAAAAGAAGUAACGCAUUGUAAAGAUAAUCAUGGUGAAACAGAAAUUCUUCUCAGUGCGUUAAAUGCUCUCCAAGAAAAGAACUCUCACCUGGAAAAUAGCUUGAGCGCAGAAACACGGAUAAAACUUGAUCUAUUUUCAGCGCUCGGCGAAGCCAAACGACAGCUUGAAAUUAGAGAAAGUAUGAUGAGGUCCCACGAGAAAGAAAUGGAAAUUUUAAAAGCCAAAAUUGCACAAGAUUUGGCAGUGAUGCCCCAAGACACAUUCAGUCCAGCAUCCAGCAAUACAACGUCCAAGUUACGACUCAACAAUGAUGUACGUGUUGGUGGUUCUAAAAUGCGUAGCACUGAAAGUCCGUGUCCAGGAUGUACUGUGUCUAAUCUCGAUCCUAAUGCAACGGCUUACACACCUAAAGGCUCGCUUGUAGCCUCCACCGAGGCUUAA